GCUUGCUUCUGCCUAUCCCUCUCAAGUCGUCGCCUGUACUUAAUCAAUCUUAUUAAUAUUAAUUUCCAGGUCGAAUCUGUGUCGGCUUCUGCUUGAAUCAUUUCUAAUUGUGUUCAACCGCCGGGCAGGUCAAUACCCAUUUUCAUGGCCGAAGACGAUGCUGAGAAGGCCUUCUUUGAGGCCCAGGCCAUGAAUGCUGGCUCGAUGGGUUAUAACGGCGCUGAAGAUCAGAAUGCGAAUGCGUCGGACUCUGAUGAAUAUGAUCCCUCAAGCACACUUCAAGACCAGUAUCCUGCUCCCUCAGAAAACCUUCAACUCCAAGAAACAGACACUCCCACUUCAGUUUCACAACCCCAGCCAUCCUUUCGCGAAGACGCGGACCCUGCUGGCAAUGCCCACCCAUCUCAGCCACCUUCACGACCCGAGUCUCAGGCUUCGACGUCAGUACCGGCUACCGGUGUCUCUGUUCAGCCGAAAACCAGAACUAUCGGUGGGUUUGUGGUUGAGGAUGAGGAUGAGGAUGAUGCGGGGGAUGCGGAUUAUGAGCCGCCAGCUGUACUAGGUGUCGAGGACAUGAAUAUUAUACCUUCGCAGCCCAUUCCAGGAAAUGCAAAUGAAGCUACUUCUACCCCUGAUGUAUCAUUGGAUGAAGCUGCGCAGGAAUCUGCCAGCGCGAAGAAUGUUCCUAAUAGUUCUCUCUCUUCUGUUUCUCUCGCUUUUAAGAAUGAUGGGUCCAUGGAUCUAGGCCAGAACCUGUACAACUCACGUACUUCUUUGCAGCCUGAGAUUGCACGAGAAAGCGCUACAGCCACUCCGGCACCGGACUCUCCUUCUACCGCGAAGGGUCGCCUGCCCCAUGAUCGAGUUGGAAUAUUGGAAGACAGGAUUCGGGAAGAUCCUCGAGGUGACAUCCCUGCCUGGCUCGAGUUGAUUAACGAGCACAGGAGUCGCAAUAGAAUUGAUAGUGCUCGGGAUGUAUAUGAAAGGUUCCUGAAGGUGUUUCCCUUAUCUGCCGAAAUGUGGGUAGCAUACGCGACUAUGGAAUCUGAACUCAACGAGUUGUUCCGCCUUGAGCAGAUCUUCAAUAGGACGCUUCUUACCAUUCCGGCUGUCCAACUGUGGACGGUAUAUCUGGACUACGUUCGGCGGCGCAAUCCUUUAUCAACGGACACAACUGGGCAGGCCCGGAAAGUCAUUUCUUCGGCUUAUGAGCUAGCCCUCCAACAUAUUGGCAUGGACAAGGAGUCUGGUUCUAUCUGGGCUGACUAUAUCCAAUUCAUCCGCUCUGGGCCAGGUAACGUCGGCGGUUCCGGUUGGCAAGAUCAGCAGAAAAUGGACUUGCUCCGGAAAGCCUACCAGAGAGCCAUCUGUGUCCCAAUGCAAGCUGUCAAUACUUUAUGGAAGGAAUAUGAUCAAUUCGAAAUGGGCUUGAAUAAACUUACAGGACGGAAAUUUCUGCAGGAACAGUCACCUUCAUACAUGACUGCACGCAGCUCUUAUACGGAACUCCAAAAUUUCACCCGCGAUCUAAACCGGACAACGCUCCCCAGAUUGCCGCCUGUUCCUGGCUCAGAAGGCGACUUUGAAUAUUUGCAGCAAAUUGAGAUAUGGAAACGCUGGAUUAACUGGGAGAAAGGAGAUCCCCUUGUUCUGAAGGAAGACGAUUUGACUGCAUACAAAGGCCGUGUGGUUUAUGUUUACAAGCAAGCCCUCAUGGCACUCAGAUUUCUCCCCGAGAUUUGGUUCGAGGCGGCUGAUUUCUGCUUUCUGAAUGACAUGGAGACAGAAGGGAACGAGUUUCUGAAGAACGGCAUAGACGCUAACCCGGAAAGUUGUUUGCUCGCGUUCAAGCGUGCAGACCGGCUCGAAAUAACUUCUGAGUCCGAACAAGAUCCCAUCAAGCGAGGCGCUAAAGUGAGGGAGCCCUACGACAGGCUACUUGAUGCGCUCUACGAUUUGAUCGCCAAAGCGCGCACUCGAGAGGCCCAAGAUGUUGCUCGGCUAGAAGAAACUUUCAAAUUGAGACCCGAUACUCAGCCAGCGGCGAAUGACGAUGACGACGAUGAUCAGAGCGAGACGAAAGCAAAAGAAUCUGUUAAGAACGCCCAGAUUGAAGCGGUUCGGCAUGCACAUUCUAUACAGAUUGGUAUCCUAUCCAAGACAGUGUCAUUCGCGUGGAUUGCGCUCAUGCGUGCCAUGCGCCGCAUCCAGGGCAAGGGCAAGCCUGGGGAGGUCCCUGGGUCACGGCAGGUGUUUGCAGAUGCUCGCAAGAGGGGCCGCAUUACUAGCGAUGUCUAUAUUGCAAGCGCUCUUAUAGAAUACCACUGCUACAAGGAUCCGGCUGCCACCAAGAUAUUCGAGCGGGGUGCCAAGCUCUUUCCCGAAGAUGAGAAUUUCGCUCUCGAAUAUUUAAAGCAUUUGAUUGAUAUCAAUGAUAUUAUUAACGCCCGAGCAGUGUUUGAGAUGACGGUGAGGAAGCUCGCUGCCAACCCUGAAAACGUACACAAAACCAAGCCCAUAUUUGCGUUCCUCCAUGAAUACGAGUCGAGAUAUGGCGACUUGGUUCAAGUCAUAAACCUGGAGACUCGUAUGCGGGAGUUGUUCCCAGAUGACCCGACAUUGGAGCAAUUUGCUCACCGAUUUUCUGCUCCCAACUUCGACCCUACUACUUUCCGGCCCAUCAUCUCUCCUUCUCAGACAAGGCCGAAGACAGUAUACCCCGGAGGCCAAGUCCCAUCCCGCCAUGGCACUCCUUCAUCCCGCUUUCCAGAAGCCUCCGUCACAAACUCCCCGAAAAGGCCGCUAGAAGACUUUGACGAUGAUAUGUCACGGCCACGCAAGUUCGUCCGGGGCGAGUCACCACUCAGGACAACGACGCAGAGACGGCAAUUGGACCAACAAAAACGAACCCAAACAGCACUUCAGGUCCCAAGCUCGGGAUCUCAGUAUCGAUCUCAAGGCUCGCCCGCGCCCUUGCCUCGCGACAUCGUAUAUCUACUAAGCGUCAUCCCGCCGGCCUCAACGUAUACCGCUGGUCGGUUCUCGGCGGAGAAGAUGAUCGACCUUGUCCGGCGGUUAGAUCUGCCAGCUUCCAUAUCGCAAAUACCUCUUCCUCAGUCUGCCCGUGGCCUUGGAACAGGACAAACAACCAUUGGGGGACAACAAUUUUCCGAUGACGGCGGCUAUUACUACAAAGGUGGCGUGGUUGACAUGUGCGCUCUGCAUUUCAUGGAUGACGGCGUUUUUCGUCUUUAUGUUGCGGGCCUUGCUGGGAAUAUUCUGGCCAGAAUACUCUUUUUUGGCUCUGGUGGAUUACUUGCCUACCUACUACGAACUGUACAGAUUUGGGACCCUGAGAUACCAAGAAGAUAA